AUGAAUAAUGUGCCCGAUUUCGGGACAAAGUGGGGUGUAUUCCACUUACAUUUUCGUCUGGAUUUGCAGCAACUAAUAUCAUGCUGGCCAAAAGGACCUGAGAAGAUCUCGGCCACAGUUCUCGGUUCGGAACAACCCAUUAAAAGACGGUAUGAUUGUGCCGAAUCCCUCCUCGAACAGGUCAGUGAUCCCAAAGAAUUGGCCAAGGAGGUUAAUAAGUUGGCCAGGGAAUUGCGUGUGGAGCGCCAGAAAAAUGGAAUUCUUAUGCAAAGUGUUUUGGAUCUAAAGGAAUCUAAAUUUUUGGAGCAACGCAACAAAAAUUCUAAUGGCAGGUCUAAAUAAAAGGAAUAAUAUCUCAAUUCCUCAA